AUGACAGAAUCUCACAUUAACGUUGAACGUACAAAUAUUGAAGAAAACACCGAUAGAACAAGCUCUAUUUUACCGGUAGAAAAUAUAAUAAAAGAAGGAGAAAAAGAAAAUGAAGAAGAAGGAUAUAUAUUGUUGGAAAUAGGACCAAUGAAAAUUCCUGAGGAGACAACAUGUCUGAACACACGUACAUACACUUGCAACAACUGUCAUAAGCCAUUCACUACUAAAAAACAAAUUGCCUGUCACUUAAAAAAAUGUCCCACCGUGGAUGUCCAAACCAGGCCUCGUGUACAUUUAAAAAAAAAGAACAACAUGGAGAACAUUGACGUAGCCGAAACGAGGAAUGUUAAAAUUGAAGUGGAUGUGAUAGACGAUAAUGUUUACUUUGAGAGCCUAAUAGAGAUAGUAAAUCACGAAAAUGUGCUGGACGUACAACCGACGGAAAACAUUAACAAGCUCUAUUUUACCGGUAGAAAAUAUAAAAAAGAAGGAGAAAAAGAAAAUGAAGAAGAAGGAUAUAUAUUGUUGGAAAUAGGACCAAUGAAAAUUCCUGAGGAGACAACAUGUCUGAACACACGUACAUACACUUGCAACAACUGUCAUAAGCCAUUCACUACUAAAAAACAAAUUGCCUGUCACUUAAAAAAAUGUCCCACGUGGAUGUCCAAACCAGGCCUCGUAAAGAACAACAUGGAGAACAUUGACGUAGCCGAAACGAGGAAUGUUAAAAUUGAAGUGGAUGUGAUAGACGAUAAUGUUUACUUUGAGAGCCUAAUAGAGAUAGUAAAUCACGAAAAUGUGCUGGACGUACAACCGACGGAAAACAUUGUGAAGAAAGAACUUACACACAGCUGCCAGAAUUGUCAAAUGUCAUUUGCUACUCCAACAAAAUUAAGGAUUCAUAUGACAGAAUCUCACAUUAACGUUGAACGUACAAAUAUUGAAGAAAACACCGAUAGAACAAGCUCUAUUUUACCGGUAGAAAAUAUAAUAAAAGAAGGAGAAAAAGAAAAUGAAGAAGAAGGAUAUAUAUUGUUGGAAAUAGGACCAAUGAAAAUUCCUGAGGACAACAUGUCUGAACACACAAUAAGCGAAAUUCUACGGGAUGAAGAAAAAAAUGACAUUCUGAUGUCAAAGAAAAGGGAAGAAAGCGACAAAACGCUGGAAAAUAUUGCGAAUGAAAAACGUCUAUUUCUAUGCUGUACGUGCGGUGAAGUAUAUACCAGCCGAGACAAAAUCACUGAUCACUUGUCAAACAAACACACUCCUAAACGUUAUUUAAACAAGAGGAAAAAAUGUCGCCGACCAAAGGUAGGGUGGCUACUGACGUUUUUCGGACACGGUAAGAAAUACUACAAAUGUAUGUGGUGCGUUAAAUGUUUUAAAAGCGUGUCCAACAUCAACCAACACAUGAAGAUCCACACCGGCGAAAAACCCUAUUCUUGUGCCGUGUGCUCGAAGGGGUUUAUUCAGCGGUCUUGUCUCAAAGUGCACGGGCGCAUGCACACCGGCGUCAAGCCGUUCGUGUGCGACGUUUGUGCUAAACAAUUCAAUCAGAAAAUCGAGCUGAAAGUGCACGAACGCUCGCACAUGGGCGAAAAACCUUUCAGGUGCGACGUGUGUUCCAAAUGCUUCACCUGCUCGUCGAACCUGAUCCGGCAUCGGAAAGCGCACACCGGAGAGAAACCCUUCAAGUGCGACGUAUGCGCCAAAGGGUUCACGCAGAAGGUCUCUCUGACGGUGCACACGCGAAGUCACACGGGCGAGAGGCCGUACAAGUGCCCGGUGUGCGGCAAGGGUUUCACUUGCUCUUCGAACUGCACCAAACACCACAGACUGCACACCGGAGAAAAGCCGUACGCGUGCGAGUAUUGCUCGAGCAGUUUCGCCGAAAAGGCCUCGCUGACCGUACACGUGCGCGGUCACACGAACGAAAGACCGUACGAGUGCGAGGUGUGCAACAAACGUUUCACCGCCGCUUCCAAUCUGAUGAGCCACCGGAAAUUGCACACCGGCGAGCGGGCGUACAAGUGCGCCGACUGCGAGGAAUCGUUUGCCCAGAAAAUGCACCAGCAGGUGCACUGCCGCAUCCACACGAAAGAAAGGCCGUACACGUGCGGCACGUGCGGCACGUGCGGCAAGGGGUUCUCGCAUAGGUCCAAUUUGAGAGCGCACGAGAAAACCCACAACCCCGAGAAAACGUACGGCUGCGAGGUGUGCAAGAAAAUGUUCACGUGUCUGUCCAAUCUGAUCAGACACCACGCGGUGCACACCGGCCACAGACCAUACCAGUGCAAAAUCUGCGACAGAAAGUUCGCCCAGAACAUGCACCUGACGAUGCACAUCCGCGUGCACACGGGCGAGAAGCCGCACAAGUGUUCCGUGUGCCAAAAAGCAUUUGCCAGCAAGUCCAACUUGACGAUGCACGAGCUGGCGCACAGCAAGGAGAAACAAUUCUCGUGCAAGUGGUGCAACGCGCGCUUCAGUUUCAGCACCAACAUGCUGAGACACCAGAAGAUGCACACCGCCGGCCAGAAACCGUACGAAUGUGCCAUAUGA